UUCACUCAAGCGUUUGCACCCUUCCACAACCCUCAACUGUCUGAGGCAGAUCGCCAGCGUCAUCUGAGCAGCGUUGUGAGAGAGUGCGCCGAAUUGAGUGUAUGGCUGUUUACUCAGCCAUGUUCGUUCAACUUUGUCUGGACAUCAUCUCCGGGUUCUAUUGUCAUAUUCCCAGCGGUGGUCAAGACCAGUGAUGAACAGGGGAAUCCGCUACCGGUGUCACAGAAGAUGGUGGAGGAAACGACAGCCCAGCUAUGAUGUGCUGCAGUGCACGUAAUGUUAGUUGCAACAGUUAUCAGUACAAUGCUUUCUCCGCCCCCUUCGCCUUCCUCCAACGGAGCAAUUCCGACAAGCUCUCUGAUCCAACAUCCUCCAAUGUCUCCUCAUCUGAGUGUACUUUUCCCGACGCCUCUCCAUUCCCUUUUGACCCCUUCCAGUGUAGAGAAUCCAACAUUUCUUUCCCGAGACCCCCGGUUCCCGACUUAUCAUGUUCCAGCCUUUCAUGAUCUGAUCCCACUCGUCCCAUUAUCUCCACAUUCCCCUUUGCCUGUCUCCAACGCAACAAACCCAGCAUCUCCGAUCCCAGACCUAGUCCCUUCUCUUCCACCACCACCCCAUCCUUCCCUCCCUCCUUUACCCCAGCAACAUCCGCAUCCAACUCCACCAAACCCUCCUCGCCCCCAACCGACUCCCUACCCCUACCCCUACCCCCACCCCAAUCCCCCUCCCUUCUCAUCAACCCUAUUUCCCCCACACAACUGAACCCUCCCCACCACCACCACCAAAAACUCCCAAUACGCCAAGACCAACCUCCCCCACAACAGCCUCACCCUGCGCCCCUCCCCCCCAACUACCCACUUGACUCUCGUCCGCAACCCCAAAUCCCCCUUU